UUUGUUUUUAUAGCAUUUUGACAGUGCCUGCCUUGUUGAUGAAUCAUUUGCUUCGUGUAAUAAACAAAAGGUUUUUUUCUAUUUAAUUCUAGUAUAAAUUAAAUUUUAACAAGUUGAAAACUCAUGUUAGUGUGUCAUUUACCAAAUUUUAAGGAAUAAAACUUGAUAGCAGUUUAGAGAAUGCAGGAAAAUCGCCCCGAGUUGUACGAAGAGGUCAAACUUUACCGUCAUGCUAGAGAACGCGAAAAGUACGAUAACAUGGCAGAUCUGUUUGCGCUGGUAUCGACCCUACAGAACCUGGAAAAGGCAUACAUCCGGGAUUGUGUUACACCGCAGGAAUACACUGCCGCCUGUUCGAAACUGCUGGUGCAGUACAAGGUAGCUUUCAAACUGGUACAGGGUGAUGAGUUUCCCAGUAUCGAGGCGUUCGUGAAAAAGUUUCGCUUAGACUGCCCGGCCGCACUGGAGCGAAUCCGCGAGGAUCGACCGAUUACCAUUCGUGACGAUAAGGGAAAUACCAGCAAAUGCAUUGCCGACAUUGUAUCCAUGUUUAUAACGCUGAUGGAUAAACUAAGGCUCGAGAUCCGGGCAAUGGACGAUCUUCAACCAGAGUUACGAGACUUGCUGGACACGAUGAACCGGCUGUCACUGAUUCCGGACAAUUUUGAAGGCAAGGAGAAAGUCUCCACCUGGCUAGCGACACUGAAUUCUAUGCAGGCCUCGGAUGAAUUGUCCGAAACGCAGGUGCGCCAGUUGCUGUUCGAUCUGGAAGCGUCGUACUCGGCAUUCAAUAACCUGCUGCAUUCGACCUAGGCCGCGGAGGAAUUGUUUUUUUUGGUGAUUAUUUGAUCUGCCAUGAAACCGAGUGGAUGAUUGGAAGGAUUGUUGAAUUCGCUCGACAUCCAGUGCCGUUUGCAAAAAAAAAAACCGUUUAAGAGUGUAUGAAAAUAGCCUAUACCUAUAUUAUAUUUUAAAAGUUAAUAAAUAUAUCGUUUAUCG